AGUAGAUUCAGAAAAGCCAGAGAAGGACUCGUGCGUGGGCCGGCUGGCAGCCUGCCAGCGAAAUGCCACCCGGGAAUUCUACUCCUGCCCUAUGUGCAGCAAAAACUUCCUGCUGAAGAUCAACUUCCUCAUCCACCAGCACAGCCACAGCAAGUCGGCUCCCUACUUCUGCGUGCACUGCGACCGCCACUUCAUGUCCAAGAAGAAAAUCAGGCGGCACCUGCGGGCCUGGGCGGCCAGCGGGACGUGCCAGCCCUCGGAGCCGGAGCUGUGUCCCAGCCAGACACCGUGUCCAACCUCCCAGCCCCAAACACAGGUGGCCAACGGGACGUGCCAGGCCCCGGAUGCUCAGGUGUGUCCCGGGCAGGUGCCGUGCCCGACAUCCCAGCCUCAGGCCCUGGUGCCCAACGGCACCUGCCAGCCCUCGGAGCCUGCGGUGUGUCCCAGCCAGGUGCCGUGCCCGACAUCCCAGCCCCAAAUCUUUGUGGCCAGUGGGACCUGCCAGGGCUCAAAGCCAGAGAAGUGUCCCAGCUGGACACUGUGCCCAACGUCCCAGCCCCAAACCUGGGCAGCCAACAGGACCUGCCAGGCCUCAGAGCCGGAGGCGUGUCCCAACCAGGUGCUGUGCCCAACGUCCCAGCCCCAAACCUGGGCAGCCAACAGGCUGUGCCAGCCCUUGGAGCUGGAGGCGUUUCCCAAUCAGACACCGUGCCCACCAUCCCAGCCCCAAGCCUGGGUGGCCAGUGGGACCUGCCAACCCCUGAAUCAGCCAGAGGCGUGUCCCAGUCGGACACCGUGCCCGACCUCUCAGCCCCAAGCCCUGAGCAGGGACUGUGGCGCGGUGUGGGAGAAGCCCAGCCCUGCCAGGUGCCCUCUGUCCCCUGGGAAAAUGCUGUACACAUGCAGCGAGUGCCUGGAGAACUUCUCCAGCCAGAGCUUCCUGACGGUGCACCAGCGCCGGCACUCCGGCCGCCACCUCAUGCUGUGCCCCUGCUGCAACCAGAGCUUCACCUGCAUCUCCGACUUCGUCCGGCAGCACUGGGCGCACACGGGCGUCCGGCCCCACCAGUGCGGGAUCUGCCAGAAGACUUUCAAGAGGUUCUACCACCUCAAGGUGCACCGCAGGACCCACAUGCGGCAGAACCGGCCGCUCCCCUGCGCCGCCCCGCUGUCCGUCCCGGCGGGAACCGCGCCAGGAGACGGGGUGGGAAGCCAGGGUGUGACCUCCCAGGGGUGCUGUGCUGCUGCUGGACCCUGAGGGGUCCUCCCGGGAAUGGGAGGCUGCUCUUGGACCUCGGGGUGUACUCUCAGGGAUGGGAAGCUGCUCUUGGACCUCGAGAUGUCCUCCCAGGAAUGUAACGUGGCUGGUGGACUUUGAAGUGUCCUUCCAAGAAUGGAAUGCUGCUGAUGGACCUCGAGGUGACCUCCCAGGAAUGGAAUGCUGCUGAUGGACCUUGAAUUGACCUCCCGGAGAUGGGAAGCUGCUUAUGGACUUAGAGGUGUCCUCCUGGGCACAGGAAGUUGCUGCUAAACGUGGAGGUGUCCUCCCGGGGAUGGGAAGCUGCUGUUGGAACUUGAGGCGUCCUACCGGGAAUGGGAUGCCACUGCUGAGCCUCAGAGUGACCUCCUGGGAAUGGGAGGUCACUGCUGGACCUUGAAGUGACCUUCUGAGGAUGGGAAGCUGCUGUGGGCCUUCUCCUUUCCUCCCCUCUCUCUCUCCAACCUCUCUG